CAGUUUUUCGGCCAGCAGGGCCACCUUGGACUGGACCCGGUUCGUCUUGGGCCGAGCCUGCAACCUAACGGGCCGUCGAGCUUUCGACCGAUCCACACUCAAAACAAACUGAUUGUUGCGAGGUUGAAAACCCAAGUAUUUCACAUCAAGCACGUGACCAAAUCAUUUUCUUAAUAAUGCAGCCUGACAGGUCUCCGGUUCUGUUUCCAUCACCAGGGAAGAAUAGAUGAAGGUCGCGUUUUUUACACCGUAAAUGUGCCUGUGGAAUGGCUACUCAAUGAAAUCACACCAUCGAAAUGGUGAGGAUGAACUUCAUUUUUAAAUAGUGAAGAGAACUGUCACUGACGAGUUUCCGGAGCGACCACAUACGUCACAUUUAUGCGCAGACGUCAACACGCAGCAUUUGCUAAGCUAACACGCUAAUCGAGCAAAUCGUACUGGAAAUCAAAGCUUGGCUGACGAUUUAGGUCGUGGUUUCUCUGGAGGAUAGAUCUGUCGUUAAUGCACGUUCGUCUGGGGAGCCAACUAAAACAAGAUGGACGAAGAAGAGCUGGUGGAGUACUUCCGGGCCCAAACUCGGGGCGACCCAGACACAGCAUCUGCGGUGGCAGCCAUUAGAACUCUGCUGGAGUUUCUAAAGAGAGACAAGGGUGAGACCAUCUUGGGUCUGAGAGAGAGCCUGACCUGGGCCACAGACCAACUGACCAGGGUGGACUCGUCUGUCGCCGUCUCAUCUGGUGGAGAACUUUUCUUAAGGUUCAUCAGCCUGACGUCACUGGAGCACCAGGUCUGUCUGACUCACUCACUCACGACGCCACAGCUGACACGCAUUUGUGUGCAGGACUUAUCUCGCUGUAAGAAAGUGAUGGAAGAACGAGGAGAGCUGUUUCUGGAGAAGAUUUCCAUGUCAAGAAGUAAAGUGGCCAAACUGUGUCACACGUUCAUUAAGGACGGAGCGAAAAUCCUAACACACUCAUACUCGCGUGUGGUUCUGCGGGUUCUGGAGAAGGCGGUGGCAGAGAAGAAGCGCUUCUCUGUCUACGUCACAGAGUCACAGCCAGAUGGUGCCGGGAGAGAGAUGGCUGCUGCCCUCAAGAAGCUCCAUGUUCCCACCACGCUGGUCUUGGAUGCAGCUGUGGGGUACGUCCUAGAGAAGGUGGACCUGGUCAUCGUGGGAGCAGAGGGAGUCGUGGAGAGUGGAGGCAUCAUCAACAAGAUUGGGACGUACCAGACAGCCGUUUGCUCGAAAGCGCACAAUAAGCCUUUCUACGUCGUCGCAGAGAGUUUCAAGUUUGUGCGUCUGUACCCACUGAACCAGCAGGACGUCCCCGACAAGUUCAAGUAUAAAGCUGACACCCUGCAGAGCGGGCACAACCUGGCUGAGGAACACCCCAUCAUCGACUACACGCCGCCGUCACUCAUCACACUGCUCUUCACUGACCUUGGUGUCCUCACACCCUCUGCUGUGAGCGACGAGCUCAUCAAGCUCUACCUCUGACCCGCUAAUAAAGUUCUGACCCAGAGUCUCCGUCUGGUUUGGCCUGAGCUGC